CAUGUAGUCCACAUGGACACAAGUCACUUGAGGUUUAGAAACCCUCGGAGCUAAAGCCCAUUAUUUUUAUUUUGAAAUUAUUCCCUUGGGAAACCCUAAUUUUCGAAAAAUAAUUCACAUAAAUUGAACAAAAUUUACAGAAAUUUAAGAGAUUGAACCAUUCGACAGAACGAUAAAAGUUCGAUUUUGAGAAGGUUUUCAUACCUCUAUCUCAUCCUAUAUUUGGAGGUGCAUUGAAAUUGGAUUGAAGGUAUAGUACUCAACUUCGUCACUCAGAGCAGCCAAUUUUAGGUUAUGAGGUUUAGUUGGAAGUUACAGUUCGAACUCCCUAUCAGCGAAUCACCAUGGCACAACCGAUGGUUGAUGUUAGCUCUAUCACCAUCUUCCCCAGUUCCUUACCAUGUCAAGUUUAUGGUCAUAUUCUGGUUUGCGACAAAAAUGAUUCAAAACCAAUCUAUUCAAAGCUCUAUGAACGGGAUGUGGAUCAUGCUGAUGUUAUCUCCGAAAUCGGACAAGAAUUAUUGCUCACGGGUCUUGAUAUAGUAAUUUCAAUGCGAAAACCUGUGAUAUCCAUACUUCUCAAGGACAAGGCUCAAGAUAAUGCUUUCAUUGCUCAUGGCGAUAUUCUUCUGGACAAUACAACAAGCAAUGACUAUGAACAACUCAAGUGUCCCCAAGUUAAGGGGGACCGUGGGCACGUCAAGGUGAACUAUAUUGCACUGGCAUGUGCAGUUGGGGCUGAAAUAACAAUUAAAUUACACAAAGAUGUAGAAGAAACUGUAAGACAAGAAGCUUCUGAUAAGAGCAUUUAUGUUUCUGGAUCUAUUGUUGCUCGUUAUGGCAGAACUUAUGAAUGCACAGCUUCCGAAACUGAAAGGACAAUCUUGAAUAUACCAUCAAACCAGCCUAUAUUGGUUUCCUUUGUUUCAGGAGAGAGAGCUCCGCUACAUCUUACGAGAAGUCUAGUAGCUGUGCCUGCAUAUACGUCUCUUACAAUUGUAGCAGACAUACGAGAAAAAAGUACCAACGAUCCAAUUCUUAAUUGCACUGUUGAAUUUUUGGCCUUUCAGUGGAGAACUUAUUCAAGUGCUUGGCCUGAAUUUUGUAUUAAAGAUGAACAAAAUCGUAUUGGUAGAAAAUGGGAACAUUUGGAUGUUAUGUUUAACGAAGCAUUUGAUUUUCAAAACUCAUACAGAAAAUCCUGGUUAGCUAUGAUGUCAAUGAAGUCAUUAGCUACAAACCCGGAAGAUGCUAAGUAUGGAAGAUGUCUGUUGGAAGUAUUUUCUUUUUCGAUUUGUCGGAAAAACGAUGAAGAGUUGAAUGUCUCUGGCACCAUAAAUGUUGAACAUAACCAUUUGAGUCUUAAUAUUUUCAACAGAGAUGGACAGAAUCCUGUUAGAUUGUCGAAAGGUAGGAAAUUGUUACCUUUCACCAUUUCUGAGUUCAUACGCUCCGAUUUUAAUUUUCACAUAAGAGUGAAGCUUGAGGAUGCUGAUGGCCGUCUUCUAAUCAAAGACGGAGCUGUGCAUUUUGACACGGAAAUGAUCGCAGAUAGAGAGAUGCGUAAUUGUGAGUAUAAUAGGCUCUUAUGUGCUGUAGUGCAAGGUGAGCAACAUCGUGGCGAUUGUGUGGUGCAUUAUGCAAACUUCAGAAAUGCUGUAGGGAUACAAGUGAAGAGUGUUUUGAUUUGCAAGGGAAGUGUUGUUGAUAUUCUUAGGGUUUAUGGAAGGGUUGUUGCUUGGUCUGGUAUAUUUGACUACACAAGCGACUAUGACAAAAAAUACUACCGGAAAGUUCUGUUUGACAACCCUGAAGACAGUGACGAUUCUCUUUGGAACGUAGUUCCCAGGAAGACAGAAGAAGAAGAAAGUCCUUCAGAUGGACAUAAUAAGAUGAGGGAAGUAGAUCUUUUUACAUCUAAUGUUGUUAUGCCCCUUGGUUUUCCUUUGCUUAUAAAUGUAGACUUGCAUGCAGCUUCCCAUUUCGUAAGAGGUCCUACUGAACACUUGGAGGAUACUUUAAAAUUUCAGCUUCAUGAUGAAUCUCCAUUAAGAAUUGAACAUGAAGAUUUUGAAAUCUUAUUUCAUAUGAAAUGGAUAAAAGGAUUGUGAGGAAUAGUACAAAUCUGUGCCAUAUAUAGAUGAAGGGAAGGUUCAGACUUGAGAAAGGGUUGAAGAGGUUCUCGUACCUUAUAGUUGGUAAUUAGUGUUUUAUUUUAGAAAGGAAGUGUACGUUAUUGGUGUUUUUUGUUUUUUCGUUUUGAAUAAUUCUGAGGAAUAAUUUGAAUGUGGUGCUAAUUUAUUCAAUAUGCAAUCAAGUUUCAUACGAUGCAUCAAGUAUGUUGCUCUAGUCAUAAAAAAAGUUGAUGGAGAA